GGAAGGACAAAGGAAAGAGCAAUGCCUACAUUAAAUCAAUUGAUUCGUCAUGGUAGAGAAGAAAAACAGCGCACGGACCGUACUCGAGCUUUGGAUCAAUGUCCCCAGAAGGAAGGAGUAUGCCCACGUGUUUCAACGAGAACACCGAAAAAACCUAAUUCAGCUCUACGUAAGAUAGCCAAAGUACGGUUAAGCAAUCGACAUGAUAUAUUUGCUCACAUUCCAGGCGAAGGUCAUAAUUUGCAGGAACAUUCUACGGUCUUAAUAAGAGGGGGUAGAGUGAAAGAUUCGCCAGGUGUGAAAUCCCAUUGUAUUCGAGGAGUCAAGGAUUUGCUGGGAAUUCCGGAUCGAAGAAGAGGCAGAUCCAAAUAUGGUGCAGAAAAACCCAAAUCGAUAUGAAUGGAAGAUGCCUCUUCAACUUCUUUUUCUUGGUCAGGAGAGGAUCGAUGUAAUUGAGCUCGAUUGAAAGGAGAGGGAACAACCACAACGUUAGGCCCCAAAACUCUCUUUUUGAAGCAGAUAGUUCACAGUGCUUAUUCUAUAGAUACUGAUAAAGACAACUCAUGUUUGUUGAUGAACUUUUGUCAGCCGUAGAGCCUUUUUUAAACGCGGCGCAAGAAACGCUACCGCAAGUUCCAGAAAGUACAUCCCUCAAUGUGGAAGGAUUCAACCACUUACCAGCAAUGGAAGUGGAGAAUCGGGUCAUUGUACCGACCAAUACGCAUCUACGUGAUAUUGUCAGGACCGGGACAAUGUCAUUCUC